AUGGAUCUGACUCUGGUGCAGCUAGAUAACGGCCAAACAAACCACCUCCAAGCUGCUCCUAUCAGCGUGCAGUCAGACUGGCUGAGUAUCGAUAUGCCAUACUAUGCCUAUGAAGGAGACCAGGUGGUGGUGAGGUGCUCUGGCAGAGACAAUAAUAAAAUAAAGAGACUGACGUUCUACAAAGAUGGAGCUUGGCUACCCGCUUAUUAUAACACCUAUAUCAUUUCAAAUGCAAGACCCAGUGACAGUGGCUCCUAUUAUUGUAAGGCAAAAAGGAGAGUGUUCUUAUUUAUAGAUGACACGGAACAAACAAGAUCUGUAUGGCUCACUGUCCGAGAGCUGUUUCCAGCACCUCAACUGACAACCAGACCCUCGCAACCCACUGAGGGAGCCUCAGUAACCCUGUUCUGUGGUACCCAGCUCCCUGCAGACAGAUCACAGACCCAACUUCGCUACUCCUUCUACAGGGGUGGCUAUACCCUGAGGUCAGACUGGGACUCACCAGAGUUUUGGAUCUCAGAAAUAUGGAAAGAAGACUCAGGAUAUUACUGGUGUGAGGCAAGGACAGUAUCUCACAGUGUGUCAAAGCAGAGUCACCAGUCCUAUAUACAAGUGCAAAGAAUCCCUGUGUCUGGAGUGCUCCUGGAGACACAGCCCCAGAGGGACCAGGUGGUUAAAGGGGAGACGCUGGUCCUUGUCUGCUCUGUGGCCAAAGGCACCGGGAAAACCAAGUUCUUUUGGCACAGAGAGGAUACAAGAGAGAGUCUGGGGCAGAAAAGUCAGCGCUCCCAGAGGGCAGAGCUGGAGAUCCCGGCUAUCCGGGAGAGCCAUGCCGGACGCUACUACUGCACAGCUGACAACGGUUACGGCCUCAUCCAGAGCCAGGCAGUGAUCGUCACUGUGAGAAUUCCAGUGUCACGUCCCGUCCUCACCUUCAGUGUUCCUGGGGCCCAGGCCUUGACUGGGGACGUGGUGGAGCUUCGCUGUGAGGACAACAGAGCAUCUCCCCCCAUUUUGUACCGGUUUUACCAUGAAAAUGUUCCCCUGGGGAACACCGCGGCGCCUUUUGGAGGAGGAGCUUCCUUCAACCUAUCUGUGACCGCAAGGCAUUCUGGGACCUAUGCUUGCGAGGCCGACAACGGCCUGGGGGCCCAGCGCAGUGACGUGGCGGUACUGUACGUGACAGAAUUUCCACCUAAAAUACGCUUAAUGAAUGGUCCCCACCGUUGUGAAGGGCGAGUGGAGGUGGAAAAGGAAGGUCACUGGGGCACCGUGUGUGAUGACGGCUGGGACAUGAAGGAUGUGGCCGUGGUGUGCCGGGAGCUGGGCUGUGGAGCAGCCAAGCACACACCUGCAGGCAUGUUGUAUCUGCCAGUGGCAGAAGAGGACCAGCCUGUAUUUAUUCAGGUAGCCCUGUGCAAUGGGACAGAAGCGGCACUGGCUGAAUGUGAGCAGGUUGAGACCUUUGACUGUGGGCACGAUGAGGAUGCAGGCGCAGUGUGUGAAGCAUUCUAG